UUGUGUACUCUCCAUCGCAGCUGCACCGACGACGUCAUUUGCACGAUAAGGCGUAGAGUCUUUCCCCUGACCACAACCACGGUAACGAUGCACCAGCCGCCCAACUCACCCGUCGUAUACUCCCUGAGGACCGGCCUCAGCUCAGCGCUCGCCACGUUCAUCCUCAAGGCUCAGGACGAAUCGGUUAAUAAGAAGGGCAGGUUCACGAUCGCGCUCUCGGGCGGUUCUCUCCCCCAGCAACUCAAGGACCUCAUCGACAACCCACGUGUCAAAUGGGAUAAAUGGCAGGUCUUUUAUGCUGACGAGCGCGCUGUCCCGCUCGAUGACCAAGAUUCCAAUCACAACCUCUGCAUGACGGAGCUCUUCGGAAAAUUACCCAACCCCCCUGCGAUUCACACGCUCGAUCCCACGCAUCUAGAUAACCUCGAAAUGCUCUCAGCUGCUUACGAGGAAGAACUCAUUCGCGAGUUCGCACCAAAGGACUCUGCUCGCUUCCCCGUCUUUGACCUCAUCUUGCUGGGCAUCGGAUCAGACGGUCAUACCUGCUCGCUUUUCCCAGGCCACGAGCUACUCAUUGAAGAGGACACAUGGGUCGCCUACCUCGACGACUCACCUAAACCUCCCCCUAAACGUAUUACGCUCACGUACCCUGUCCUUAACCAUGCUGCCCGUGUCGCGUUCGUCGCGACGGGCGAAGGGAAGGCGGAUGUCCUUAGCAUGAUUUUGGACCAUCCAGAAAAGGGGCUUCCUGCUUCGCGGGUGAGACCUGUCCAUCCAGGCCAGCUGUACUGGUUUGUGGAUGACAGUGCAUCGGCGAAGCUUCAGUACCCCAAAUCGUCCUUCAGCAUGUGAUCGGUAGAGUGGAAUGAGGCAGAGAUUGGAAUGUUGUAAUUAGUUGUACGACCAUUGGGUGUACUUAUGCCUAACUGGCUUCAGAUAUGGAUACGCUGUUGUUCGCAC